AUGCAGCACCAUGCCCCGUAUGGAUAUCCCACUCCCCCGGCCUCUCCCGCGUACGACGACCCCAAGUGCAACGUCCAACAGCCCUUUGCGACACGCACUUUCCAGCCCCGAUGUGUACCCCUUGCCCCAGAACAGCGUAUAGGACGACUUCUUGAGGGUAAGCUCCAGCUCACUGACAUUCUUGGUACCGGCGCAUAUGGUGUCGUUUACACUGCCUUGGAUAUCAACACUGGAGUUCGGUAUGCUGUAAAGUGCCUGAGCAAGUACAAUGCCGAUGGAACACCACUGGAACGCCGCCAGAUUGCCUACCAACAGCGAGAGAUUCGCUUGCACUACCACGCAUCGGCGCACCCAAAUGUGGUGUCCAUGCUGAAGAUUGUGGACGAUCCUGACUGUAUCUAUGUUAUUCUCGAGUACUGCCCAGAGGGUGACCUCUUUUUGAAUAUCACAGAGCGCGGUCAGUACGUUGGUAAGGAUGAACUCUCUAAGAAGGUGUUCCUUCAGAUCUUGGAUGCCGUUGAGCACUGCCACAACUUGGGUAUCUAUCACCGGGACCUCAAGCCUGAGAACAUCCUUGUCACCGACAAUGGAGAGACCGUCAAGCUCGCCGACUUUGGACUGGCCACCAGUGAAGACCGCUCCGAGGACUACGGAUGUGGCUCAACCUUUUACAUGAGCCCAGAGUGCUUGGACCCUUCCGCAAGGAAACCAUACUACAUGUGUGCUCCCAAUGAUGUCUGGAGUCUGGGAGUGAUCCUAGUUAACCUCACUUGCGGACGCAACCCAUGGAAGCAGGCUUCCUUCCAAGACUCUACCUACCGAGCUUAUGCUCGCUCUCAGGAUUUCCUCAAGACUAUCCUUCCCUUGACAGAUGAGCUCAAUGAUAUCUUGGGACGCAUUUUCAACCCCAACCCCGAGCACCGGGUCACUCUCUCUGAGCUACGGAACAGGAUCAUUGCAUGCUCCCAGUUCACCGUACCAGCAGUGGCUCCCAUGAACGUGCCCACACCCACCUCUACCCAAGACCAAUACGUUUCCAACGAGGACGCAAUUGUCAAUGACUUUUGCGAAUCCCUCUCUUCUGCUUCCGCGACGUCGGAUGAAGGCUCACUCAUCUCCAGCGUAUCAACUCUUGAUGAUCUUGAUAACGAUGAAGAGGAUGAUGACUUCAUGUCAGACCAGCAAGACCUGCCUCAGGAAUACAUUCAAACAUACGAGCCUGAGGAACUCUGUGAACAGCAACCCAUGUUCCACGGCCAGGAGUUUAUUCCACAACAAUACACUGGCCCUGUUCUUCACGCUCCUAUUGUCCCUGUUCCUGUAGUGGAAGCACCUAUGUCGCACAUGCCCUGCCAGCAGGUCCCGGUUCCUAUACAGGCACCCAUUCCUGUGCAGCCUGCUUGCACACCGAAAUCCUUCUUCCACUUGUGGGAGGUGGUAAAAUACGUUCAGCAGGUGCCAAUGAUGCAGCAUCCUGCGCCUUUCCACCAACAGGUGUCUUUCUUGUCGUCGCUGCAUAGCUGCUACUGA